AUGCAGCGCCGCCUGCGCUUCCUGCACGCGCAGAUCGCCGCGGACGCGUCGGUGCCGCCGCCGGACUCGCUGGAGGUGCCGCCGCACUUCGACGCCCGCGCGGCCGCGCUGCGCCUGGACGACCUGGACGCCGCCCUGGCCCGCCACGAGCAGGCCCUGCUGCAGAUGAACGCCCACGCCACCUCGCUCACGCUCCAGCGCAACGAGCUCGUCGAGCUCCGCUACGUCCUGGACAAGGGCGCCGCCUUCUUCUCGGCCGCCCCGCGCUUGCAGCAGGCCUCGUACGGAUCCCUCGCCAUGUCAGACCCCUCCAUGGAGGCCACAGGGCCCGUGUACGGUACCCACGCAGCCGAAAGGGAACACUCCCCGCCGCUCAUCGACGAAGCCCCGCGCCUAGCCUCGGCGAGACACCCGAGUGGCACCAGCCUGGCCUAUUACGCGGGCGUCGUGGAGAAGCUCAAGGUCCCUGUGUUUGAGCGCGUCUUGUUUCGCGCCACGCGCGGCAAUUGCCUUGUCAGGUUCGCGGAGAUCCCCGAGCCCUUGGUCGACCCUGCGUCGGGGGAAAGCGUGGAGAAGAGCGCCUUCAUGGUCUUCUUCUCCGGCAGUGAGGUGAAAAGCAAGGUCGCCAAGAUCUGCCAGGCCUUUGCCGCCAAUUUGUACAACUUUCCCGAGGACUUUGUGGCCCAAAGCACAGCGUACCAGCAGUGUCUGGAGCGCCUCGCCGAUUUGGACACCGUCAUUAAUACUACCACCGUGCAGAGGAGCGCCACGCUGCAUGAGAUCGCCGCGGAAUUGCCCCUCUGGGAUGAGAAGGUCAGGCGCGAGAAGGCCGUCUUUUAUACCUUGAACAUGCUCAACUAUGAUACUAGUAACGCUCUGUUUAUCGCCGAGGUCUGGGCCCCGACGUCUGCAUUGGAUAGCGUCAGGACCGCGCUCAACAAGGGCAGGCACCGCUCGCAUGCCCAGGUGCACUCCAUUUUGGAGGAGCGCCCUGUCGGCAGGGAAACCCCGCCAACAUACUUUAAGCUCAACCGCUUUACCACCGUCUUUCAGGGCAUCGUCGAGUCGUAUGGUGUCGCAGAAUAUAAGGAGGUCAACCCGGCCCCGUUUGCCGUCAUCACGUUUCCGUUCUUGUUCGCCGUCAUGUUUGGUGAUAUCGGCCACGGCUUCCUCAUGUUUGCGUUUGCCGCCUGGGUCGUCCUCAAUGAGAAGAGGAUGGUGAGGAGAAAGUUGGGAGAGUUUAUGCAGACGUGCUAUGAUGGAAGGUACAUGUUGUUGUUGAUGGGUCUGUUCUCCAUCUUUACCGGCUUUCUGUACAAUGAGUUUUUCGCCGUGCCGCUGGAUCUUUUCGGUUCGCGGUGGAAGUUUACGGAGGAGUCGGUGAUGGCUUGCGGUAUUGACAACUGUGAAGUGCCUUCCGCUGUGAAGAACCCGGUUUCGCCGUAUCCGUUCGGCUUCGAUCCCGUCUGGAAAGGGAGCGCUAACGGGUUGCUGUUCUUCAAUUCGUACAAGAUGAAAUUGUCGAUCGUGCUGGGCGUGUGUCAGAUGGUGAUGGGUAUCUGCAUGUCGUACCUCAACGCCAAGCAGUACAACAGCCAGGUGGAUGUGUGGCAUGUGUUUGUGCCGCAGAUGAUCUUCAUGAAUGCCACUUUCGGGUAUUUGGUUAUCCUCAUUUUGCUGAAAUGGAGCAUCGACUGGGACUCACCCGCGUGCCGAGCGGAUCCCAAUUGUCUCGCGCCGGAUCUGAAGACGGUGCUGAUCGGCAUGUUCAUGGCUCCCGGGAGUCUUCCGGAGGAAGGGAGACUGUAUCCGUUCCAGAAGGAAGUGCAAGUAGUGCUGCUUCUGCUUGCGGCCGUUGCUGUGCCAUGGAUGCUGCUCCCCAAACCGCUUAUCCUCAAGGCCAGGUACGACGCGAAGAAAAAGGACGCGUACAGACCGCUGGUGGACGAAGGCGAGACGGCUGAGCUGCUGUCGUCGAACAGUGGAGGCGAAGUGUCGGCGAUGAGCGGCGGAAUGGGCGGCAAAGGAGAAGCCGAAGCGGAGGAGGAAGAGGAGGAAGAGUUUGAUUUCGCAAACACGUUUGUGAAUCAGAUGAUCCACACGAUCGAGUUUGUGCUCGGGGCGGUGAGCAACACGGCGAGUUACCUACGGCUGUGGGCUCUGUCGCUCGCGCACGCGGAGCUAUCGGACGUGUUCCUCGAGAAGCUGUUGUACUUGUCGAUCGAGUCCGGGAGCUCGGUGCUGAUGAUUGUCGGGUUCUUCAUGUGGGUGGGGCUGACGAUCGGGGUGCUGAUGUUCAUGGAGUCGCUGAGCGCGUUCCUGCACGCGCUGCGUCUGCACUGGGUGGAAUUCCAGAACAAGUUCUACAACCUGCACGGGAGCGGGAACAAGUUUGUGGCGUUUGACUAUGAUGCGAUCCGCGAGGCGGAGGAGGACAACUAA